AUGGCUGGUGUUUUCUGUGAAUGGCGCAGGUUGCCGGUCAGUCUCAGUGAAUUGUGCAUAAACACCACUCUUCGUUGCGGUCAAUCCUUUAGGUCGGUUACUCUCAUUUCAUUCAAGGUGAAAGUACUCACCCUUUUUAGAUGGCACAACAUCCCCGAGAGCCAGGAAUGGCGAUGCGUCCUGUACGGGCACCUUCUCUCUCUAAAACAAGAUUCUAGCUAUCUAUAUUACCGCGCAUUUCAAUCCCAACCUCCGAUAUUGCCAACCCCACCUUCCUCGGAGAUCCCUUCUCGCGCGCAAUCAGACACAGAAGUCGCGGACAGCAAGACAAAUCUGUUCAACUCGCAGGAUGACCACCUUGUGCACAUUUUAAAGCAUUACCUCAAUCUUUCAUCAAAUCUCACAGAACUCUACGCACACUGGUCAUCUUCGGAUCCCAAUUUCAAGAGAAAGGCCGCUCAAUUCAGUGGCAUUCGCAUCUUGCGCCAGGAUCCAUGGGAGGCUCUGGUUUCGUUUAUUUGCAGCAGCAACAACAAUAUCUCUCGGAUUUCGCAAAUGGUGGAAAAACUAUGCCUCAAUUACGGCCCUUUUGUUGGCAAGGUUGAUGGGCGCGCAUACCACGAUUUCCCUGCACCGGAGGCAUUAACGGGCAAGGAUGUGGAGAGUAAUCUCCGCAGUUUGGGCUUCGGAUACCGGGCGAGGUACAUCCACCAGACGGCCAUCAUGGUAUCCCAGGAGCGAGAAAAGGGAUGGCUGAAUGGCCUCUGCAACCCUGAAUCGCCUGCCUUUGACGUGGAGGCCAAAGCGGGAGGCGAAAUGAAACCAGAGGGUCGAGAAGGGUAUCGUGAAGCUCACGAAAAGCUACUUGAGUUACAAGGUGUUGGGCCCAAAGUAGCAGAUUGCGUGUCCCUAUUUGGCUUGGGUUGGGGGAUCUGGCAAAUUGCCCAGCGAGACUACCGAUUUGGCAAGGGCUCCCAUAAGUCCUUGACCAAAGCAACCUACGACGCCGUUGGCAACCAUUUCCGCAAACUCUGGGGUCAGGAAGCCGGAUGGGCUCAUAGCGUGCUUUUUACUGCUGACCUGAGAUCAUUCGCUGAUCGACUUGCGGCUACGAAGAAGGUAGAAGUGAAAGUGAAAGAGGAAGACUCAGAGGUGAAGAUUGAAACAGAAGUAACGACGGCUGUUGCUUUGACUGCGCCGAAAGAGGAAGUCGACGUCAAACUUGAAGAUUUGGAGCCAAAAGUUGCCCCUAAAGCAUCUCGUGGAAAGAAACGAAAGGGGUCGACAGAAGGAAUUGUCCAUGCUUCAACGACUACGGAGACCAGGCGCAUGUCCAAAAGACUGCGCCAGUGA